CGCAGUAGCUCCUGGGCAGCGGAGGAUGGCGGCGUUGGGUACCGGGCUGCGCUUGCGGCUGUUGCUGCUGCUCGGCCUUACGGGGCCCGCGGCCACCGCGGCCGGCUACAUCGAGGCACUUGCAGCCAAUGCUGGAACAGGGUUUGCCGUGGCUGAGCCUCAGAUUGCCAUGUUCUGUGGUAAGCUAAAUAUGCACGUGAAUAUCCAGACUGGGAAAUGGGAGCCCGAUACUUCUGGGACCAAGAGCUGCUUUGGACGAAAGGAAGAGGUUCUGCAGUACUGUCAGGAGAUCUAUUCAGAGCUUCAGAUUACAAAUGUGGUAGAAGCCAACCAACCGGUCAGCAUUGACAACUGGUGCAAGAAAGGCAAAAAGCAGUGCAAGGAUCACACUCACAUUGUUGUGCCCUACAAGUGUCUGGUGGGUGAGUUUGUAAGCGAUGUCCUUCUAGUUCCAGAGAAGUGCAGAUUCUUCCACAAGGAACGAAUGGAAGUGUGUGAAAGUCACCAGCACUGGCACACUGUGGCCAAAGAGGCAUGUCUGACAGAGGGGAUGAUCCUGCACAGUUAUGGCAUGCUGCUUCCUUGUGGAGUAGACCAGUUCCAUGGUACAGAGUACGUAUGUUGCCCUCAGACCAAAAUUGUUGAUGAAGCCCUUUCCAAAGAGGAAGAGGAAGAAGAUGAGGAUGAAGAUGAAGACUAUGACCUUUAUAAAAGUGAGUUCCCUACUGAGGCAGCUGUAGAAGACUUCACAGAAACAGCUGUGGAGGAAGAUGAGGAGGAAGAUGAGGAAGGGGAGGAGGAGGAGGAAGUGGUGGAAGAUCGUGAUUACUAUUAUGACACUUAUAAAGUGGAUGAUUACAAUGAAGAGACCCCCACAGAACCCAGCAGUGACAAGUCUCUUUCUGAAAAGGAAAUUAUCAGUGAUGUGAAAGUUGUCUGCUCCCAGGAGGCGAUGACAGGUCCCUGCCGGGCUGUGAUGCCUCGUUGGUACUUCGACCCUAACAAGAGAAAAUGCAUUCGCUUUAUAUAUGGAGGCUGCGGAGGCAACAGGAACAAUUUUGAGUCAGAGGAAUAUUGUAUGGCUGUGUGUAAAAAGAUAAUUCCCCCUACUCCUGUACCCACCGAUGACGUGGAUGUCUACUUCGAAACCCCAGCAGAUGACAGUGAGCAUGCCCGCUUCCAGAAAGCAAAGGAGCAGCUAGAAGUCCGACAUCACAACCGCAUGGACAGGGUGAAAAAGGAAUGGGAGGAAGCAGAGCGUCAAGCCAAGAAUCUCCCCAAGGCAGAGAGACAAACCCUCAUCCAGCACUUCCAGGCGAUGGUUAAAUCUCUAGAGAAAGAGGCAGCCAGCGAGAAGCAGCAGCUCGUGGAGACUCACCUGGCGCGAGUAGAAGCCAUGUUGAAUGACCGCCGUCGCAUUGCCCUGGAGAACUAUUUAGCAGCCCUGCAAGCAGACCCCCCUCGGCCUCACCGCAUCCUGCAAGCUCUGAAGCGUUACAUCCGGGCUGAGAACAAGGACCGUCUGCACACCAUCCGCCAUUACCAACAUGUCCUGGCAGUUGACCCAGAAAAGGCUGCUCAGAUGAAAUCUCAGGUGAUGACACAUCUCCAUGUGAUUGAAGAGAGGAUGAAUCAAAGCCUAUCUCUGCUCUACAAGGUACCCUAUGUGGCUGAAGAAAUCCAGGAUGAGAUUGAUGAGCUGCUGCAGGAGCAACGUGCGGACAUGGACCAGUUCACAUCCUCCAUCUCGGAGUCCCCGGUAGAUGUCCGAGUGAGCUCUGAGGAAAGCGAAGAAUUUCCCCUCCAGGAGGGCAAACCUUUCCGCCCAUUCCAGGUGAAAACCUUCCCAGCCUUGCCUGAAAGCGAAGGUUCUGGCAUAGCUGACCUGGAUGGGCUGAUUGGGGCUGAGGAGAAAGUGAUUAAUAGCAAGAACAAAGUGGAUGAAAAUGUGGUAAUUGAUGAAACCCUUGAUGUGAAGGAAAUGAUUUUCAAUGCAGAGCGAGUUGGAGGACUGGUGGAGGAGCCGGAUGAUGAAGGUUCCCUUGGUUCCUUUCGCGAUGACUUCAGUUUCAGCAGCAGCGCCCUCAUUGGUCUGUUGGUGAUUGCAGUUGCCAUAGCCACUGUCAUUGUCAUUAGCUUGGUGAUGCUGAGGAAGAGGCAGUAUGGGACGAUCAGCCAUGGGAUUGUGGAGGUUGACCCCAUGCUUACUCCAGAGGAGCGGCAUCUGAGCAAGAUGCAGAACCAUGGCUAUGAGAACCCGACUUACAAAUACUUGGAGCAGAUGCAGAUUUAAAGGAUGUGAAGAUGCAGCAGCCCUGACUAGAAGAGGGGCAGGGCAGAAAGGGCCAAAAUGGUCCAGUGUUUUGGAUCAACUACUGACCAACAGUUGCUUCAAGAGGACUUCAUCUUACAUUCAAAACUCCUGGAUCAUUAAGACUAUAAUUACUGCUGUAGAGUUGCAAUUUCCAUUCUUUUAAAUGGGUGAAGAAAUGAUAAUAUAACGAUAUGAUGAUAUAUAAAUCUUUAAAUGGGGGAAAAAUGGAUCUAUUGCAGAUAUUUGACUGAGAUGUAGUUUUUCUUUUUUUAAAAAAAUACUCUGAAAAUCCCAGUUUUGUUGUACCGUCAUCUGAUACGAGCUCUAUAUAUAUAACGGGAGAUGUUGAUUUUUAUUUCUGAUAGAUCCCUUGUAUAUUGAAGGCCUUUGUACCAACCCACAUUGUAUAAAGGAGGCACUUGUGGCUCUUCAGUCAUUCUGGCUUUUAUAUAUAAAGCAGUAUUCCUUUUUUUUUUCUUUUUUUUUUUUUUUUUUUUAACUGAAUUUUGCUGGAAGUUGCAAAGAGAUUAAAUAGGGUUCAGAGCAGUAAAAGUGUAACCCAGGAAGCAGAUCAACGUGGUUUUAAUUUAAGGGGGAAAAAGCUUUACGAAGAAUCCCCAGAUGCCAGUGCUCUGUGCCCACCCCUGCAUCACAGUUCCUAGGAUCCUAGACUCCCUAGCGGCUGAGUUACAAAGCUAUUGCCAUCUCCAUUAAUAAGCACCCGAGUGGAAUGUUAGGCCGUGGCUUGUGCGUUCUGGGGUCUGCACAUUCCCCUUCUGAAUCUGGUCCUUGGUAAUGAAUUUUAAAUCCCUCCACCAGAGGAUCUAACCAGCCUCGUUCAGUGCUCACCAGGCCCCUCUUACCACUAUCUGUAACUUUCCCCAGCUCCCUCCUCCCCCCCACCAACAUGGUAAGUAGGCUAGAGAUGCUGGUUUUGGAGCCUUGUAGUCUCUCUCCAGUGUUGGGCCAUCUCUCUACUUUUAUUCCCAGGCCUAGAAGAAUGACUGGUGCAAUACUCAGCAUUGAGGAAUGAAAGUACAUGGAGUUCACUCUAAAUAGGGGGGAGAAUUGGAAAGGGAUACUGCCUAUUUGACCGAAAACUGUAGAGAGAAAUGGGGUGUUUUCCAGUCACCAUCAUGCCUUUGUAGCGCUUGUAUAAUUGGUGUUAAUGCUCACAGCUUUUUUUUUUUUUUUCAAUCUGGAGGUUCUGGUAACCUGUGGUGUAUUUUUUUUUUUCUUCUUUUUUUUUUUCCUGUGACUUCCUUUUCUUUUCCCCUUCCAUGUCUCUUCCCACUAUGCACAGAUUUACCUGCAAACUCCUUAAUGUGGUCUGUGGGGAAUGUACAAAGUUAAACACAUCAAUAAACACGUUAACUUCCAGAA